CUUGCAUUUUUCUCCGGUUUCUAUUAUGAGGACAUUUAUGUGAACAUAGGCAGUUCAGUUCCCUUACGAAAUCACAACUUUUCAAGGUCCCUCUGUGCACUUUUGGAAAACUGAAGCAAAAGCAACUUUUACAACAUGCAUCGAACCUUGUUAAACUUUUUACAGGCAGUCUACCCUAGAAAAAGGGGAAAGGCAAACACUUCCGGUUUCUUCCUUGUAGAAUAAGCUCAAAAACUCACUAGAACAUCCAGUGAGGCUAGUUUGAAUUGAGCACUCGAGAAGUGUAGUUGAGCGUCAUGGCUCCGUUUCUUAGUGUUGAGAAAAUCCCUGCCACGUAUGACCAGUACCAAACCACGCUGGAACCAAGGUAUCUGGAACGGGCUCGUAUAGAAAUCAAUGAGGAGAGUUUCCGAAGAGAACCCGCGAUAGCUCGGAUGCGCGAGUUCAUCGCAAAACACCCGCAAAUCCAGCGAUGUCGUACGGAUACCAUCUUCCUGCUGAGGUUCCUCCGGUACCGGAAGUUCAACGUGGAGGCCGCUUGUGAAGCGCUCGAAAAGUACCUUACGGCGUUGCAAGUGUCACGGGAGUUUUUUAACGUAGAUCUCGACAAUCCAAUUAUCAAGGAGUGCCUGUGUGUUCCACUCGGACCAAAGAGCGAUGGCAGUUUGGUGUUUCUGAUGCGACUAGGAUCCGUCGAUCCGGCAACAUUCCUGCCGGAGGAGGUAGUGAGUUUAAAUAUGAUUGCGCUGGAAACGUACGGGAAUCUAGAAGUUUACCAAGUGACUGGAGUUACGCCCGUGAUCGAUCUCCUCGGCACGACUUUGGGUCACGUUGGGGCGGUUACGUUGCCAAAACUGAAAAUUAUGAUGGAUGCAGUAAACCAAUUUAUGGGAGCGCGAAUCAAAAAGAUUCACAUUGUUCAUCUGUCCAAAUUGGCCACUCCCGUGGUGGAGUUGUGUCUCAAGGCACUGCCGGUCAAGCUGCAGCAAAGAGUGAAGGUAAGAUGUGCAAAGUUUGAUCUCAAAUUUGAGUGUGAAGGAAAAAUCUCAUGUCUGAUUGCUCGAAUUAAUUUUAUUUUGUAAACAUGUUAAGAUACAACACUUAAGAGGGGUACCUUGUAUGUACCAAAAGCAAAAUUAAUUUACCACCGCUCAGGGUUACACUAUCACUCG